CAGCGCUUUUGUUUUUCGUGCAAAUCAGAAAAAACAAAAUGGUGACUAUUUAAUUGAAUGUUUUAUUUUGUAUUUUACUGCACACUACAAAUCCAAGUAAAUGCUUAUGAUUCUACAACAAAAUUAUAACUGCCCUGAGCGGAAUAGUACACGUGAUGAUGGCUGUUUAUUAUUUUAAAACAAGAAAUUAGGGUAAUUUUUGUGGGAGGGGAACCAAAGAAAACGUAGAGAUGAAUGUGAACCUGCUGCUCUGGCUCUGUUGGGUGGGAUUGUGGAAUCGCUAGUUUAGCAAAUACUGUUUUUCUGCAUUAUGAGGGAAAUGGUAGGAGGCUGUUGUGUUUGUUCUGACGAUAGAGGCUGGUCUGAGAAUCCCCUUGUGUACUGCGAUGGACAAUCUUGCACUGUAGCUGUUCACCAAGCAUGUUAUGGUAUUGUAACUGUUCCAACUGGUCCGUGGUAUUGUCGUAAAUGUGAAAGUCAAGAGAGAUCUGUCAAAGUGAAAUGCGAGCUGUGUCCCAGCAAAUAUGGCGCUCUCAAACGUACCGACAAUUCGGGUUGGGCACAUGUUGUCUGUGCUUUGUAUAUUCCAGAAGUGCGAUUUGGAAAUGUUACUACUAUGGAACCGAUUCAGUUGCAGUUGAUUCCUGCUGAACGAUUUAGUAAGAUUUGCUAUAUAUGCGAAGAGAAAGGAAAACCGUCUAACGCUGCUGUAGGUGCUUGUAUGCAGUGCAACAAGGUUGGUUGCAAGCAGCAAUUUCACGUGACUUGUGCUCAAGGAUUAGGACUUCUUUGCGAAGAAGCCGGAAACUAUUUGGAUAACGUUAAAUAUUGUGGCUAUUGCCAACAUCAUUACAGUAAACUGAAAAAAGGUGGUAACGUCAAAACGAUUCCUCCCUACAAACCAGUUGCCAACGAGGCACACAACUCCGACUCCAACUCCGAGAAGGAACCGGAGGGAGGCCCUUCGAACUCCAAAAUCGGAGUCUCCCCACCCUCGUCCGGCAAACGGAAAGCCAUCCAAGGAGGCAGCAAAGCGCCGGCGACAAAAAACUCCGGGAAAAACACUAACUCCCAACAACAACAGAAAACCGUCCACAACAAUAAUAAAGCUAGUGACAAAACUAAAGUGACAGUGAAAGGUAGUGGGAAAAGCGAGGAGGCUCCUCCCGCUGAUAAUACGGAAUCGACCAAAAAAGACACGGAAAGUGAACAGAAAGAAGUGAAAGACACGAAAGGUUCGAAGAAAAGAAAAGCAAAUUCAAGGACGCCUACUCCUGUGUCUAGCGGGAAUUCUAGUGAAGUCAGUGUUGUGACGACAGUGACCCUUACCGGUACAUCGACUAUUAACACAACCAGUACUAUAACUAGUGACAAAAAAAGUACUGUAAGUGAUAGUGCAGAUAAGACGAAAAAAGCGAGGGUCGAAACAACUCAAGCAAUAAUAUCCAACCAACCCGUUGUGGCUCUCACGUCGAUAUCUCCCACCAAAACAAUAGUUCAACCCACAACCUCCGAAUCGUUACCAACAGUCAGUACAGAACCUGUUGUGUCAACACCUCCAGUUAUUCAGACGACGCAAGUGAUAUCCCAGUCGCUUGUAGUGUCAGUGCCACUUGUAAAUACGUCUCUCAGUCCCCACAAAGCGAUUGUCAACAAUCAAACCAGUGUAGUUACGCCUGUGUCUCAAGAGAGAAGUAGCAGUACAGGGAGUGCGGAAAGAAGCACGCCUGUUAUAAUCAAUAAUAUGAUUGGUGGUAACAGUAAUCAGGAAAUGCUCACCCCAGACAUGAAUUCGGGAGGCCUGAAAAUUACAUACGAAAAACAACCUGAUUCCAUAAAUACCGAAGUGGAUAUGGAACUGGAGCUAGAUACUGCCCCUUCCGCCAAUGUUGAAGUACCUGCCAAAAGAGGAAGAUCUCAGUCGCAAUCCAACGACAAAAGCGAUCGCUCAAGCCGAAACAGGAAACGGAACAGCACCGGAACCACCACCACGCCAGCUCCUACUCCGCCUUUACCAAAUAACACUACAGUUCCUAAAAGAUCUAGCAGAUCCCGCGCUUCCACGCCGCCUACGGAGCCUCCUGGAGCUUUCAGUUCUAUAGUACCUCCGUCGCAGAUUAAGGAAUCGCCUCCCAGUAGUCCGAGCUCUGAGAGCCAAAGUGGGGGUCCGAUUGGUCGAAGAACGAGGGCAAGGAAAAGCGAUUCUUCGGUGGUGGCAGGUGGAUCUGGAUCGUCUAAGGAUAGUAAAGAUGUUAAAGUUUUUCAGAAUGGAAUAGCUGCACCCCAUAUGUUAGGCAACCAGUUAAACCCUAAUUCAACGAUGCAUUCUAAAAUGAACGACCAUCUUACCAAUGAAUUAGAGGCCCACAGCAUAUUCAACCCAAAUGAAAGUAGCUCUAGUCUUCUAGGACCUCAAUUACAUCAUCGAGUACUGCAGCAACAAGCGCCGAGAGAAAGAGAAAGAUACUCUGAGAGUGGCGAAGUCGUCCAAGUCGAAACCAACGCUAUUAAUUUACAGGCAAGAGCGAGUAGUACGGGUUCUAGCACAGCUUCCGGAGGUAGUGGACUGUCUUCUAUGCUUGGAGGAGGAGGCGGUACUAUACCGCAGUCCUUGGACCAGUUACUCGAAAGGCAAUGGGAGCAAGGGUCCCAAUUUUUGAUGGAACAAGCUCAACAUUUUGAUAUUGCUUCUCUCCUUUCGUGUCUGCACCAGCUUCGAGCAGAAAAUUUGAGGUUAGAAGAACAUGUGAGUUCGUUGGUGCGACGAAGGGACCAUUUACUUGCAAUUAAUGCUAGGUUAGCUCUUCCUCUUAACAGUCAACAACCCGCUGCUCCCCUUUCGACGCAUCCUCACACAGUUAACAAUAUCCAUCCAUCGGUGGCAGCCGUGCAUGGAGAAGUUCCGAGGUCGAGGCACAGCGGCGGAGUAUCCAGUUACCCCAAUCAUCCCCAAUCCACUGCGGAACAUCCGAUCGAAAACGGAUUACCGCCUGAGGCAUAUCCCCCCAAUUCCCACAGGAGCCGAAGUCCCGGGAGCCAACCGAGCCCGAAUGUACGACAUUCACCAGCUGGACCUUAUCCCAAUAGUGGUUUGCAGCAGAGACAGAAUGCUGACGGGCGUUCUGCGUCUGCCCUGCGACCUCAGCCUUAUCUUAUGUACGAUAGGGCGGGGGGCCCAAUGCCAAUUUCGACACAACAACAGGUGGUAAUACGAAGGGAUAGAGGCGAAAGAGAGUUGGACAUAAUUCACCAAGCCCCAUUGAAGCCCAGCUGAAACACAGCUGUGGAUCCUUCGUUUAGUAUUACUAGACUGUUAGACUUGCGUUGACAAAUCAUCGAAAUUAGAGUAUAUUCUUUUUGAUUUGUGGCGAGUCCAGUUAAUAUGAUUUUCUAUGUUGACGAACCAGCUAGUCAAUCAUUGCAUGUAUCAUUUGGUCUGAUAGCCAACUAAAUACGGGUUUGAGUAUAAGAGGUGCAAGAGUUCUGAACAUUAUGUUUUUUAUAUAGGAGUAUGUGUUAACAAUCAACACAAUGAAGGAUUCUAUAGUUCAUCCGCUCUAACUUUUCCCAUGCGUCACGAUUUAUUUUCAAACAAAUUAAGUCAAAACCUAAAGUGAAACGAACGUCGAUGUGUAUAUACAUUUUGUAAACUGUAUACUAUACAGAGUGUUUCAUUAAUAAUUGUCCAUAUAGUAACUGGAGAAACCUUAGCACAAAAUACGAAGAUUUAACCUAAAACACGUAAAUAAAAUGUGGUUCCUUAUUGAGUUAAAGGGUGUUUUAUCUAAAAAUUUAAAAAUUAUUUUUGCUCAGCAUUUUAAACUAUUCGACGUAUCCUUUUCAUACUUGGCAGGAAGUAUAGGUACUGUACAAACUACUAAAUUAUGUUUCUGUUAAUGAAACAGACGUUUCUGUCUAUUACCAGACGGGUACGACGGGGGAAAGUGAAUUGUUGACCCUUUCCCAAUUCUACGCCACUGGCGGAAUUGCUAUUUUAGUUCAAUUUUUGGAUUCUCCAAUACUUUCUAUGAAAUAAUAUACUCUUCAUUCGUAACGAUAAAGUCAUUAGUUUUCGAGAUCUUUGAAGUUAAAAAUGAAACGACACGGUUAUUUUGAUUAAUGUAUUGUGUCGCUUCAUUUUUACUUUCAAAUAUCUCGAAAACUAAUCAUUUUAUCGUUACGAAUGAAGAGUCUAUUAUUUACAUAAAAAGUAUUGCAAAAUCAAAAAAUUACACUAAAAUAGCAAGUCAGUGGCGUAGAAUUUGGGAAGGGUCAACCAGCCACUAUCCCCUGUCGUACGCCUCUGGUAGUAGCUAUAAACGUUUAUUUAUCUUAAUUUUAGUAGGGUGUACAGUACCUACACUGUCUGCCGUAUGAUAAGGAUACGCCAAAUAGUUUUUAAGUACUGUGUACAAAUAAUUUUUAAAUUUUAAUCAUAUGUGUCAUACUAUAAAUUAAUCAAAAUAACUGUGCCGUUUCAUAUUUAACAUAUUUAACUAUUUAAAUAUCUCGAAAACUAAUGACUUUGUCGUUACCAAUGAGGAGUGUAUUAUUUACGUAGAAAGUAUUGGAGAAUCUAAAAAUGGCACUAAAAUAGUAAUUCCUCCAGUGGCGUAGAAUUUGAGAAGGGUCAACCAUUUACUAUCCCCUGCCGUACGCCUCUGGUUGUAGCUAGAAACGUUUGUUUAUCAUAAUUUAGUAGGGUGUAUAGUAGUCACACUUUCUGCCAAGUAUGAAAAGGAUACAUGGAAUAGUUUAAAAAUGCUGGGCAAGAAUAGUUUUUAAAUUUUUAGAUAAAACACCCUGUAACUCAGUAAGGAACCACAUUUUAUUUAAGUGUUUUAGGUUAAAUCUUCGUAUUUUGUGCUAAGGUUUCUCCAGUUACUAUAUGGACAAUUAUGAAUGAAACACCCUGUAUACUACACACAUCGGCGUUUAUUUCACUUUAAGUUUUGACUUAAUUUGUUUGAAAAUCAAUAAUGCCGCAUGGGAAAAGUGAAAGCGGACGAACAAUAUAAGAUUCAUUGCGGUUAUUAGCUUUGAAAAAGUCAAGUUUGCUCAUUUUUCACAUUCGCUGUGUGCAAGUACAUACAAGAAACGAUCGUACUCGAGUAACCGAAAAAUCUUGCUUAGCAUAAUUCUUAAAUAAUUCAUAUUGUCAGUUGAGAUUGUCAUAUUGACAUAUUUCAUACCUACUGUCAUUGAGGAAAAUUGAAUUUCGCAAAUGCUGUUAUAGAUAAUUGUAAAAAUACAAUACAAAAUUGUCAAUUUCAGUUCUAUUCGUUUCCAACUUCUAAUCACAAAUUAAUACAAAGAGAAAAGUGGAUUUUAUCAUGAUAAAGUAGAAGUACGUAACAUAACCAUAAGGACUAAUAUAAUUAGCCAAUAUAAUUAAAAUUGCUCUUAUAAAUGUUGCUGAUUUAUGACUAAUAUAAUUAGCCAAUAUAAUUAAAAGUGCUAUUAUAAAUGUUGCUGAUUUAUGAACUAGUACGGUCCCAAUAAGUUACUUGAAAACUCUGAAUAAACUGUCAGUUUUUACGAUAUUCCUAACUGCACUUAAAUAAUUAUCAUAUUCUACAAUAUAUUUUAAUCAUUUUACCAAAUAACACAGCAGACAUAUUUUGACUUACAGCUUUCACUUUGACAUUUGAAACCAGAUAUGUCGUAAAAGGUGACGUUCGAUGUAAAAUGUCACGUUUUACGUCGUUUCUUACGUCAAACGUUACGUUUUUUGUCAAAACGUCACUUAAAUCGUAACGCCUUAUGUCAAAUGUCACCUUCGCGUCGAAAAUCUCGUAAAAUGUCAUGUUCCACUUCGUGUCUGCUUCAAGUCUUCAAGUCAGCUAACUUCACACUGGUCGGAUCGGGCCGGUGCACUGGGUCCAAAGGUCCUCAAAGUGAGGACUAUUCACAGAAGUGUGAUGAUAUAAUAGAUGUUUAAUGUUGUAUAAACUGUUUCAUCUCUUAUAAUCAAACCCAAGACAUAAUCCUCGUAAGACUUUUGAUUUGAUGAGCGAUUGUCUGAUAAUUUGUUGAGGCUGAUCGUAAAUCGUAUGCCAAAAAUUUAUUAUAUUGAUGCUAUGUUUGCUAUUAAUUUUUACCUAUAUUUUCCAGAAACUCCUUUACAGUUUCUCGAAAAUAUUAAGCAAAAAAUGAUCCUAUAGCCAAAACAGCACUGAAUUGCUUGUAUGUACUGACUUCUUUUUGAAUUGGCUACUUUUUACAAAAUUCUUUUAUAAUAUAUUGGUAUAGGUUUUUGUUGUUUUAUGUUUCUUUAUGCUACCAAUUAUGUGGUAGUAAAAUAUGGUGAUUAAAUUAAUUAUAAUCUGAUGUAUAUAUGUUGAAAUCAGAUAUGCAUGCACGCAUUCACAAGAUUGAGAGUGGGCAUCCUGGCUAAUGAAAUGGGUCUAGAAAAGACUGUAGAGUUUCUUGCAUGUAGCUCAAUCCUAAAGUAAAUACAACAGUAUUUUUGCAGAAACCAGUACCAUACAUUCCGAACCAUUUAAAGACGUUGAUAAAAUAUUUGUUCAGUGUGUUUGUGGAAGUACUUCGGAGAAAACAGCUGUUGAAUGCACAAGUUGUUAUACAGGGUGGGCCAAAGAAAACAGUCCACCUCGAUAUUUGGCAGUAGUUAUCACAUUUCAAGGAAAUGAUGAAACAGGUCAAUUUUUGUUCUACGGGGGACACAUUUUUACGAUACAUACAUCUGUCAUUUGUCAACCCCCUCCCUUCUCUUCCCCAACCAUUUACUUUUAAAUAAAUAGGGAAUAUACCAUGUGCGGCACAUCAUUAGAAAGGCAUUUAAAUGGAGUAUUCAGUAGCAUACUAAUAUCUCAAAGUGAAAAUGAUUUACAACGUAUGCUUCACCAAUUUUAUAUUGCACAUUGAAAGGCACAUUGAAAACAGACAGUCAUGUGUACACAAAAAGAAGUAAGAUAUUUUUUUAUUUUGUAUAAACCAUCUUCAGACUAAACAAAACCAAAUUUGUAUUUUGGCGCAAUUUCCUUUAUCAAUGUUUGAAUGUAUCAGCAAUAUUAUCUGUUUUCAGCAUAUAUUAUUCAUGUUAUUCUCAAAUGUACAAAUUUUGUUUAUAGGGCCCAACUAAAUUUAAUUUUUAUCUUAGCAUGUACUUUUUAUUUUAGGUAAUUAUGUGCGUACUUUCAAUUUUUAUAACAGACUAGCCCAAUUGUCUAGGGGUCUCAUUUAUUGUUUUUGUUAUACACUACUUUACAAAAUAAACUUUGUUUUAUUUGAUGUGAUACUGAUAUUUCUUUAUACAAAAAUGGCAAUUGGCAACGCACUUUCACAAGUUUUUAUGAGUCUUUCUGGAACUCUAUCUCCGUUUUGCUAUGAGUUACAGUUGGUAAGAUAGGUUGUAGGGGUCUCUGUGACCCACACAAUUUACGUCCAACCGACGUCACGUGCCACGCCCACCUGACGUCACUAACCACACCCACUGAGACCAUAAGUCACGCCUCCGCGACACUUUUUCAGCUUUUUUGACAUUUCUUGAGCUUUGACUUAAAUUAACUUCAUGUUAUAUGCUGAAAAAGCGUGUGGAUGUGGUUUGUGAUAUCAUAUAUACCUUGAAGCUGUAACCAGUGAGAUUCUAUCUGAUAUACGAAGCAAAGUUAUUAACAGGAUAUAGUGACGUUCAUUUCGUAUCAACUGUUGACCAGGUUACCAUUUCUCCUAAGCUAUUUUCUGUGCUUAAUAUUUGAGAUAAAACACAUUUUAUCUUGUAACGUAGUGGUGCUCAUAGAAACGCGUUUUACAAAAAAAUAUUUUGAAUAUGCAAAGUAGACAAAAAUAAAAAAAAAUAUUUAUUUUGAGUACAAAGUUCCAGUGUUCAAUUGCUUUAUUUAAAAUUAAAAUUCUAAACUUAGAAAUGCGAAAAUAUCGGUGGGCGAAUUGUUUUUAUAACCGGAAACAAUUUAUUAUUAAAAAAUAUAUUUAUAUAUAAUAUAUUUUGCAUAGUUUGGACCGGUUCAGUCUGGGAAAAUCAGAAAAUGUGAAAUCUUGAAGAAUCGUGAAAAAGCGGCAUUCCUUGCCAACUUUCAAACGUCAACUGGCAAACUCCAUCCAUCAAACGUCAAUUGUUAUUGGAAAAAUUGUCAUAUGCAAUUGGUAAACAUAUUCAAGAAUACAUAAUUCAUUUCAAAAAUGUAUGUCGUUCAUAUAACUUCGAGAGGAAUAUCAGGUAACCAUUGCCAACCUCGAUCAGAAGAUGUAACGAAGAAUCCAAAUAAUUAUAUCUAUCGCUGCAUGUGUCAAAACUUCUGCUUUGGCACUCUAAACGUGGUUCUGUCACAAAGAGAUAGUUUUUAAUCAAUAUAAGCAUUGCCGGUCGAUAUUUCCGUAUCUUCAACAAUAAAAAAGUGUUUACACGGAGUGGAGUGGGGAUAAUGUAUAGAAUGUUCAAAUUAUUUAGGAUGGAAGUUUUUUAGUAUAUUAGCGAUUUUCUAAUGACUUACAUUGUUGUCAGAUCUUCAGUUUUUUUUAAGAACGCAUGUUGUGUUUUUAUAUAUUAGAACCUGCUGUUUAUGGAAGCUGACCGACAGGUCGAGUAUAACACCAUACCGGUUCAUAAUCCUAUAGAUUAUUCUAAAAACAUUUGUGAUAGUGAAUUUAAAUAGCUUUGAAAAUACUUGUAGUUAAAACAAAAAAGUGGAGCUCAUAUAAUUGAUAUACCGGGUGAACCAAAAGUCAGUUAACCGUUUUGCAUAUUAAUAAAAGCAAAAAUAACUGAUGUAAAAAAACGUUUAUUGUUUAUUGUAAAUAAGUAGGUACAGUCGGAAAAAUGAAAGAAUAUCCAUGAACGAUCACAUCAAUCACAUUUUUUAUUUGCUGUCUUUUUCUAUAACAAACGUAUUUAUAGAAAAAGACAGCAGCUACAAAAUAAGUGGUUGAUGUGAUCGUUCAUGGGUAUUUUUUCAUUUUUCCGACUGUACAAAGAAGUGCAUUCUUUACAUUUUAUGUUAAAAAUGUAAACCACCUUCAUCAAUACAUUUUUGGCAACGCUUAUACACAGUGAAACAAGUCUUUCUACAGACUUCCAAGUUGGCACGGAGAACUUCAAAUUGGCAAGAACUUUAUCUUUAAGUACUCCCCACAAGGCAAAACAGGGCGUCAAAUCUGGCGGACCGCGGCCCAUUCAAUUGUGUCUCUUCUACCUAUCCAAUCACUAAACUGGUCAUUUAGAAUCUCACGAACUUGCACUCCGUAAUGAGGAGGUGCACCGUCUUGUUGAAAAUAUCGAAUACCUUGUAAGUGUGAAUUAUUUGCAAGGCCCUUCACAGAGCAUGACAAUAUAUUUCCUUGGAGACGCCGCAAAGUGGCGAGUUACUUUUUUGAUAGCGUUAACUGACUUUUGGUCCACCCGGUAUAAAUAAUCACUGAAUCCCUACCUGUUUAAUAUUGUUAUGGAUGAACUGAUAGAGAAGGUAAGGGAGGGGCCUUCUUGGUAAAUGCUAUUUGCUGAUUAUAUCGUGUUAGUAGGUGAGAUCAAAAACAUUUUGGAGGGUUGGAGAAGGGCUAUUGAAGAGGGAGGACUUAAGAUUAGCAGGGCGAAAACAAAAUAUAUGUGGUUGGGAAGAACAGAAAUGUUUUGGGACAUCAAACUGCUUGGAGAAACUACCUAACGCAGAAAAUAAGUAAGGUGGAUAAUUUUUCGAUAAAACAGAACGGACGAUCUGAGAACAAUGUAUAUAUCAUUUAAACCUUCGAAAAUUACCUUCCAGAAACCUCUACAAGCUGUUUCUUAUCUUGAACAUACCAUACAUUAACUUCAAUAUGUUUGCUCAUUAAAAACGUAUGUAUCAUGAAUCAGAACUAACAACAUACACUGUAUUGUUGGUAUGACUAAAAAUUGUAUGUCUAGAAUGGCUAACACAUUAUAUGAGUACUAUUUUGUUUACAUUAUUUUGUAAUUUAUCUGUAAUUGAUUUACUAUACAUUUGUUUAUUUAAAGAUGUACCUGAAGUAUAUGUUUUUUCAAGUAACACAUCUUAACCUUGCAUCCCAAAAUUUUGUCUUCUCUAUUCGUUACAGUUUUUCAGCGAACACGUGUAUUUUAAGUAUAUGAGAACAUGAAGAAAAAAUCUUGGAGUAGUAAUGAAACAAUUAGUUUUUUAAUUUAACAAAUAGACUUAUUUAUCAAACUCUGUUCCAACAUUUUGAAAGGUGACUUUCUUUAUUCGUUAAUAUCUAAUUUGUUGCCUUCAAAGUAACCCUCCUCCCAAGAUAUAAUAAACUUAUGCAAGUGCUUUUUCCAAUCCUCAAAACAUUUCUGGGAUAAACUUUUUAGUAUGACCAUGACCAUGGCAAUUAGCGCAAACGGCGCAUUACUCAACAUACUCUUUAUUGACCUAUUUUUUUGGAAAGAACUCAUAAUGUACAACGCCAUUAUAAUAGAAGAAAAUAGUCAGAUAAAUCUUCACUUUUGACUGAUUUUGGCGUGCUUUUUAGAUCUUAACUCCUCUUGACAGGUUCCGUUGAGAAUGAGAUGAUUGGGCCUCGAUUUUGACGUCAUAGUAAUAUACCAUGUUUUAUCACCAGUUAUGAUCUUUUGGUCCUUUGGCCUUUGAUCCACAUGGGCAGCAUUUGCAAACUAAGCCAUAUUGUAAAAAAUUGAAUUCCCAUGUGCCUCAAGCGAAAGGUUUAUAACCAAUGUGUUUUGCCUGUACAAACUUAUGGAGCAGAGACUUUGACACUGACGCAAAAAUCCGCGAAUAAAUUCAGAGUUACACAAUGAGCCAUGGAAGGUGCAAUGCUGAACGUGAGCCUUCGAGACCACAUAACAAACCAACAAAUCAGGCAAAGAUCAGGAGUUCAAGACAUCAUCGAAAGAGCUACGACGCUUAAGUGGAACUGGGCAGGGCACUUAGCUAGAGCACAAGAUGGACAGUGGACACGACGAAUCAUGGAAUGGAGGCCCAGAAACUAUAAAAGAAGUCGAGGACGCCCAACUAGAUGGACUGGUGACAUAAAGAGAGUAGCGGGAAACAGACUACAAGCGGCCCAGAGUAGAGAAUACUGGAAAGAACUGAGGGAGGCAUAUGUCCAGCAGUGGACGCGAUUGGCUGAUUGAUAAUGAUCAUUUUGGAUAAACCUGGAUUGUCGUUGACUUCAAUAGCUCGUGAGCGAUGCUCAUGCAACGGUUAUUGUGUCAAAGUUUAACAAUAUUAAAACGAACUUCGCUGCCACAUGUUUUAUGCCCGAAACAUCCGACAGAAUUGCACCCUCCUCAGCAACGUCUUCUAUUGAUUUAACUAUUCUCAAUAGUAAUUGUCCACUUCUUCAACGUUUUCAUCUGUUCUUGAAGGCGUCACUAACAUCUUCUCCGUCGUUUUGAAGAACUUAUACCACGUAUCCAUUCCACAUACACCAAAUCCCACAGUUAACAUUAUUUCUCGCCCAAAAUUUACAUAUUCUUUGAUCCAUUUUUUCGAUAUUAUAAAAUCACCAAAAUACAUAUAACCCUUAUAUCUGACAAAGACAAACUAACAACAAUAAGAUGACUGAUAGUACCAACCUAUAUUGGGGAUAUGUAUACCAACAUAACAAAGAAAAUCAAAUGUGCGCUGACCCCGCGAAAUUUGAAGUCAUUUUUUUAAAUCGUUAUAUACCCGUAUUGAAAAAUGUUUCAACGUACUGACGAAAUUUUCAAAAUAUCUUAGAGAAGGUACAAUAAAGAAUAUUAACGAAACAAUACACCGGGACAAACAUUGACAGAUAAUCCAAAUAUUACAAAAAUAGAAGAAAUUAUGCUUAACAGAUACGUAAGGUAGGAAAAGCUCUUGACGGACACAUGAUAACUUUGCAUAAGAAAAUAUAACUGCAUAAGAAAAUAUACUAUUUAUGUGAAUAACAUAUUGGAAGGAUCUAAAAUAAAAAUAAUACAUCAAAAAUAUUGUACAGGUUUCUCUGUCGCACUGGGGCAACAGUUUUUGAUACAGCGUGCAGUCUAAUCUAAAAUUCAAUAAGUUAUGCAGGAGAUGUAAACAUGAUGUAAUCAGCAACAGAGUUCUUUCGUUCAGUUUUUGAAUAUUAUUGGAUAACAGUUACCUGUGUAAUCGCUUAAAUUAUUCAUUCAUUGAAUUAAUAGGAUUAUUUUUCACUGUCUAUGUAUUCAAUGAUUACAAUAAUUUAUAUACUAUAUAAAAAAAGUAAUAAUAGAGAAAUGAGAAAAAGUUAGACAGUAAUUUUAAUAAUAUACUGUUACUAUGGAACGAGUAGAUAAAUUUUUAACAUCUUUAACAACUAAAAUCGUCAUUAACAUUCCUUGCAUCGCUUAUUGAAAUUUAGUAUAGGCAUUAUAAUAUGUCUAUGGUUAUUAAUGAUUUCUUUUACUUUUAGUAAGGUUAGGUUUUACUAAUCCCCUUAGUUUCUGUAAUUCUUCUGUGCAUAUUUUCUGUGUUUUAUUAACGAAAAGUUGUAAAAUUGAGAGAGCUCGAUUAGAUUGUUCCUUCUUGGUUUAUUUUUACAAAAUAUGCAAAUCACGCAAUUCUAUUUUUGUUUAAUUAUUACUAUAAGUACUCCGACCACUUACUACUAAAAACACUUAAACUAAUCAGUCUCCACGUGGAAACGAUUGUUUUUUCGCAACUUCAUUAAAAAAAACUCGACUAAAUUACUUUAUUAAAUCACUAUCUACGUCUGACCCGAUCGGGACAGUCUCUUAAUUAUUAAUUUGUCUACUUCAUUUUGUCGUCAGUGGAGUUAUACAGCGUGGCAAAGCCAAAUGGAAUAAAUUCAUUAUUUCGUGAAUGAGUAAUUUUGGAAAUAAAUCCCGAAACAGGUCGAUUUUUAUUUUUAAAUUAUGAUUUUUUGGCAUUUAUAUCAUACUAGUGACGUCAUCCGUCUGGGCGUGAUGACGUAAUCGAUGAUUUUUUAAAUGAGAAUAGAGAUCGUGUGCUAGUCCAUUUGAAAGGUAAUUCAAUUCUCUAUUCGCUAAUAUAAACAUUAGCAUAAUUAUUUAUACAGGGUGUCCAAAAAGUUUUUUUUAAUUAAAUUGAUGGAUACAAAAGGAAGAAUGCGUCAUUUAUUUAAUUGAAAAUACAUUUUACUGCUAUCAGAAAACAGAAAAAAAAAAUGUUUAUUUGAGAAGUAAACAUUGCUUUUCGCUUAAAUUAAAUAUUCAAACUGCCAAGAGGCAGGUGGGUGGCAGCAUGAACACUUAAUUUAAGCGAAUGUUUAUUUGCCAAAUAAACAUUUUUUCAAAAUGUAUUUUGAAUUAAAUAAAUUAGGUACAAACAUUCUUCUUUUUGUGUCAAUGGACCGUGAUAGUGUGACGUCAAAACGUCAAAAAGGUUUCCAAACAAAGCAAAAGUUUGACGUCUGUCAAUUGAUUAUACACGUGAUUUGUGUAAUCAUUUUUAAUUUUAUUUUGUUGUUAACAAUCAUCUGCACAUUUUUUUAAAGACACAAUCCUUGUUAGUCAUAUCAAUCAUAUUGCUUUUAAUUAUAUAAAUGUCCUUACACAAAAUCAAGGAUUUACACACUACAUAGUACUUAUUGCGUUUCUUCAGGUUCUUAACCAGUCCUAUUUGGAAAUAUGGUGGGAAAUGUACUAUGAGCAUUUAUUACAAUCACGGGUACCCAACACAUUACCAUUGUGUGAAAAUUAAACAUCCUACAAGCAAUAUAUUCCAAUUAUAAAAACGAAAACACACACCACAUGUGAAUUUUUGCUUCGUUUGGAAACCUUUUCAGAGUAGCCAACAUUGAUUUGACGUCUAUAUACGACUAUAACGGUCCAUUAAUUUAAUUUAAAAAAAAAUUUCUUUACAUUACUGAAUAAAGAACUGAAUUAUCUUUUAAAUGAGUUAGCACACGACCCCUAUUCUCAUGUAAAAAAUCGUCGAUUACGUCAUCACGACCAGACGGAUGACGUCACUAGUAUGAUAUAUAUGCCAAAAAAUCAUAAUAUGAAAAUCGACCUGUUUCGGGAUUUACAUAUUUCCAAAAUCGCUAAUUCACGAAAUAAUUAAUUUAUUCCAUUUGGCUGUGCCACACUGUAUAAUAUUGUAUAUUGUUGUUUUUUUCCUGCUUGUUGCUUUCGUAAUGUAUUAACAUAAUUUUCCCGAAGCCAGCACUUUGGCCAAACUUUCAUCGUGUGUAUAAAAGUAAUUUAAUUUUAUGUAAUUUAAAUAUUGUAAGGUUAUUCUAAUUAGACGAUAUAAUGUU